AUGAAAAUACCGGUAUCGACUUGUCAGACUGGUAACCCUUGUGCUAUCCCAGUAUUUGUUGCCAUUUACUCAUCGGCAGCUCUCUCAAAGGUGGCAGAAGAGCUGACGUCUGGGUCACUUCAGUCUGGCAUCUCCGCACAGUCGAAUGCUUGGGCAUGGCUGAAAAGAUUGUAUGGCUCACACUCAGGCAACGGUUACGGUGGCAACACAUUCAUUUCAAAGGAGGCAGCUAAUGGAGUAUGGCUACUGGACUGCAAAAGCAAGGAAAGCUAUAUUUUGAGGAAAAUGCAACUUCUCGCGGCGAAAUCGACUUUAGUAACAACGAUCGACAUGUCCAUCGCAAGAUCACCGUCUACAACUUUGUCUGACUCCAACUUGACUCAAGUAUAUGAAUCAGUCUUCCUCUCCAUUCCAUCUGCUAAAAGUGCUCGUGAAUCCAGAAAAUGCUACAUUAACUACGUGCAUGUCGGCCCUUCGACCAGCGAUCGUAUCACGGCCACCUACGCCGUCCAGCGAUGGGCUGAACUACUCGAUGUUGAUUUUGCUGUCGAAGAUCAACAAGGUCCCAUAUCUGAUGUUGGAAGCACUUUGAAGAGCUGCAAGACCGAAGACAUUGGCAGUGACCACAUGGCGCACCCAGUUUGGGACACUGAAGUUGUCCAUCCAGUUCCAUUAAUGCUUCUUAUUGGCGCCAAGAGGACUAUCAGGAUCAUAGACUUUAUCAGCUACAUCGACAACCUUUCCUUGGAACUUCAAGCCGGCAACUGCCACGUGCAAAUUGAGGCACAUGACGACAUUCUCCCGAAUCGAAUUUGGGAAAUCUUCCACAUGCUCCCUGGAGCUGAACAGUCUGAAUUCUUCCGCAUUCCACGAAGCAAUCAUGAUCGUCCUCAACAACUUCCACCCUUUAAAACAUUGUUGGAGGAAGGAUCGACCAUGCCCGAACGUCCACGCAUCGCGGUGGUUAUCGAGUAUGACGAUUUCAUCGGCCACAUGGCCAGAGAUAACGGUCAUGUUAGCGACGAUUUGGGCGGAAGGUCCGGUUCAGCAUUGCCCUUGGAUGCCAGGCACAAGGCGAGUAAUUUACCUUUAGCACCCUUCAGCAGCAGAAGCCUCGCGGCCUUUGGCAACAGGAGAAAACUCAUUAGAAGGCGAAAAAUAAUGGCUUCUGUGAAAGAACUGCAAUUUCUUUUCCUAGCACCCAAUUCCAUCUUGCAGGAGCAUCAGAACAUAACUUUGCAUGUUGUGGUUACCAUACAAGAAGACGCGGAAUUGAAUCACAAAGACCUUGCUCGAUGA